GCUCCAAGAGGGAGACAAAUCAAGGAGAGAAUUAUGUUUUUUUACUUAUUAAUGGAAAAAAGCUGUCUGCAAAAAUGAAAAUUUAGCCGGCUAAUUCAGAAAGGUUCUCUCAAGAAAAAUCUAAGACUUUUCUCUCCAAUUCACAUCUUCACUUGAACUCACACUUAGACGUUGCUUAUUGCUAUGUCCUUUAUUUGUCUUUGUCUCUCUAAACCCUCAUCUUCCCAUCUAUAAAAAUCUUGUCUUUCUUACUCGGCAAGCAUAACCCACUAUUUCUAUCUGCUCACUUCCUGUUCUCAUGGAACCACACCUUCACGACGGAGGAGAAACCGACCGAUCGGAGCAGGCCAAUGAUGACGACGCCGGCACAGGUCGCUCUUAUGAGUGUGUGUUUUGCAAGAGAGGCUUCAAUACAGCACAGGCUUUGGGUGGCCACAUGAAUAUUCAUCGGAAAGAUAGAGCCAAGCCAAGGCCUAGUUCAGUUCCUUCAAUUUCCAGCAGAGUAGAUGACGAUUAUUAUGCAAGUUUAAGAGGCUACCCUCCAAUUCAAAGCUACCCACCUCACUAUUCAACGGCUCAUCAUCAUCCUCAUAACGAGGUACUUAUAAAUUAUCAAACAUUUUUUCCAUCAGCAUCUACAUGGGGUUUUAGAUCCCCACAUGGCGACGAUUUGUAUGCGCACACCCCUCAGCUUUUGAAUUCUUUCGAGGAGGAUUGGCGAAGGAAUCUAAACCUGCAAAUUGCUCCAUCUCAUGUAGAUGAUAAUAAGGGAAAAACAGAAGACUGCAGUGAAUCAGACGAGUUAGAUUUGGAGUUGAGACUUGGUCAUGAUCCAUAAUAUAUUAAUUAUUCUAUAAGGAACUUGCAUAUGUAUAGCUGUAUUUGUUAUCUAUUGUACAGCUAUAUAUGGAUUUUUCUGUGCAUCGAAAAAAUUAUCCUAGUCUUUUAAUAAGUAUGAUUUGGCAUUUCUCGUUGGCAAAUUCUACUGGGAAGACAUGGUAGGAGAAGGAAGUUUUCACUAGUAAGUUUCACGAAGAAAGACAAGAAAGAAUAAUAAAAAAAUUCCCAGUUCUAUUACUUUA